CUGACACAUAAAACAUAUGACAGCAACAACACUGGUAGUAAAAUAUUGUAUAAAAUAACAAAAACUACAAAUAAAUAAAUAACCAUGCAGUCUCCCAGUGGAAUGGCGCACGGUUAUCCUGGCGCCUCAAUCCUACAAUGGAGCCCUGAUAAAAAAUACAGCGAUAGAGAGAGGUGGAUUUGCGUUUACCCAGCGUACAUUAACUGCAAAAAAACCAUAGCCCAAGGCAGGAAAUUAAACAAGGAAAAAUGCGUGGAGAAUCCCACUCAUCAAGAGAUCAGAGACGUAUUAGUCGCAGCAGGUUUGAAGGUCGGCGUGGAAAACAAAUUAUACAGCAGGGAACGAAGCAAAGAAUUGUUGUAUCGAGGACGAAUUAGAGUUCAAUUGAAAAACGACGACGGUACGCUGUGCAAUCCAAGUUUUCCCACUAGAGACAGCUUAAUGCUCCAUCUGGGAGACAUGAUUCCUAAAUUGAAGAGCAGGCAAAAUAAGGGCAGCGGAGACCCUCAACCGCAGACCACCAGCUCGAAAGGAAAGGGAAAAGGCAAAGGAAGGCGCUAAUAAAUUUUUUUGUUACUUAUAUAUUUGUAAAAUAGCUACUUUCAAUCAAUAAAUUUUGUAUUG